AUGAAACUUGCCAUUCCUUACCUGCUAGGCCUGAGCUGGCUCGCUAACGCUGCCUACAUUCCUGCCCUGAGCACUAACAGCACUGGGAUUGAAUCUCGUGAUGUUAGCGGGUACCGCUCGGUGGCAUAUUAUGUGAACUGGGCCAUCUACGGUCGCAACUACCAACCCCAGGAUCUUCCUGCCGAACGACUGACCCAUGUGCUCUAUGCAUUUGCCAAUAUUCGCCCCGGCACAGGCGAGGUCUAUCUGUCGGAUACCUGGUCUGAUACUGAUAAGCACUAUCCCACUGAUUCCUGGAAUGAUUCCGGAAACAAUGUCUAUGGCUGUAUCAAACAGCUUUUCCUACUCAAGAAGAAAAACCCCAACCUCAAGGUUCUUCUAUCCAUUGGAGGCUGGACCUAUUCCCCUAACUUUGCCCCUGCUUUCGACACCGAGAGUGGACGGCAGAAGUUUGCGGAUUCUGCUGUGGAACUACUGAAGAACCUCGGCUUGGAUGGUAUUGAUGUUGAUUAUGAGUACCCUGCUAGCGUCGACCAGGCGGACAAGUUUGUCGAUGCACUCCGACGAGUUCGUGAGGCUAUGGAUAGCUACAGCGCAGUCAACGCCGGAGGCUAUCAUUUCCUGCUUACUGUCGCAUCUCCCGCUGGCCCAAGCAACUACCGCCAACAGCACCUGAACGAGAUGGACAAGUACCUUGAUUUCUGGAACCUCAUGGCCUACGAUUACUCUGGCAGCUGGGACUCAGUUGCCGCCCACAGUGCCAACAUCUAUGCGUCGACCAGCGACCCAUCCAGCACGCCAUUCAACACGGAUCAAGCAAUCGACUACUACUCCUCGCAAGGCGUCGCCCCCAACAAGAUCGUUAUGGGUAUGCCACUGUACGGCCGAUCAUUUACCAAUACCGACGGCCCCGGAAAGCCAUACAACGGUGUUGGAGCAGGCACAUGGGAGAACGGCUUGUGGGAUUACAAGGGCCUGCCAAUGACAGGCUGUGCUGUGACAGUCUUGGAUCAACCAGGUGCAAGUUACUGCUACAACCCAGAAAGUCGACUGUUCGUCAGCUACGACACCCCCGAGAUUGCGCGCAAGAAGGCGCAGUACAUCAAGUCUCGCGGGCUGGGCGGUGGAAUGUGGUGGGAGAGCAGCUCUGACAAGACUGGCGGGGACAGUUUGAUUACAACUGUUGUGAAUACUCUUGGAGGUGUCGGUGCUUUGGAGAAGAGUGGGAAUCAGCUGCGCUACCCUGUCUCCAAGUACGACAACUUGAAGAACGGAUUCCCUUAG